AAAAAUCCAUUUAUCACACUUUGAACAUGCUCAGCAUAGAUGUUACAAGAAAAUGUCUUGUUGCUGAAGGUUGGUGCCCUGUUUUUGCAACAAACAAGAUUCAAAAUGAGUUGCAGCGGGCAACUGUUGACAGCAACUCACAAAUUGGGACCAUACUUCAUGUUCUCCAGACAAAGGAAUCACCUCCUACCUAUUUCCAGACCAACAAAUUUACUUCUUCUUUUCAAGAAAUCGUGGAUGCUUAUGGGAUUGCAAAAUAUCAGGAAGCAAAUCCUGGUGUAUUUACAAUCAUCACAUUUCCUUUCCUUUUUGCUGUUAUGUUUGGUGAUUGGGGCCAUGGUAUAUUCCUGCUUUUGGCAACAUCAUAUUUCAUAAUCAGAGAGAAAAAAAUUUCUAGCCAGAAACUUGGAGACAUCACUGAAAUGAUUUUUGGGGGUCGCUAUGUUAUCAUGAUGAUGGCAUUGUUCUCAAUCUACACAGGAUUGUUAUAAAAUGAAUUUUUUUGGGUCCCGUUUGAACUGUUUGGGCCCUCUGCUUAUGGAUGCCGUGAUCCUUCUUGUCGAGAUGCUUCUACAGAAGGUUUAGUAAAAGUUAU